CCGCUUUUUCAUGCUAAAGGGGACCUUCCGUCAAUACUUGUUCUCCUUCCUCGUUCUGGGAACCCCGGGAGGCAGGGAGGGAAGGGUUGCCUGUAGGGACCCAGGCAAAUAUCCAGUGCGGGAAGACGGGACUUCCGCGUCCCCCCGGAAGUGACGCGACAGUCGCGGCCGCCGACAGGUGGAACGGCAGGUGGGUUCAGGUGCCAGCCUGGCCCGGACCCGGCUGUGGUACUGACGCUUCCGUUCCCCAUUCCCCUGCCGAGCUGGGCAAUUAGCCAGCACACUGAAACUCUCGGAACCAUGUUUGCAGACUUGGAUUAUGACAUCGAGGAGGAUAAACUUCAUCCUUUCUCCAGGGGACUCAGCUGCACGUGCUUCUCUCUCCAGCGGAAUCCCUACCGUACCUGGGAAGGUGACCUUGCAGAAGGAUGCUCAGAACCUGAUUGGGAUCAGCAUUGGAGGAGGAGCCCAGUACUGUCCCUGCCUGUAUAUUGUCCAGGUGUUUGACAACACCCCAGCCGCGCUGGACGGCACCGUGGCAGCUGGCGAUGAGAUCACCGGGGUCAAUGGCAGGUCAAUCAAAGGAAAAACUAAGGUGGAGGUGGCCAAGAUGAUUCAGGAGGUGAAGCUGCUCUCCACACACUGUGCUGCAGCCCGAGAGCCUUUUGCAUCUACGCCUGAUUCACUGCAUGGGGGGGAGGUGACUAUCCACUACAACAAGCUGCAGGCGGACCCCAAGCAGGGCAUGUCCCUGGACAUUGUGUUGAAGAAGGUGAAGCAUCGGCUGGUUGAGAACAUGAGUUCGGGGACCGCAGAUGCUCUGGGCCUGAGCCGGGCCAUCCUGUGCAAUGAUGGGCUUGUCAAGAGGCUUGAGGAGCUGGAGCGGACCGCCGAGCUGUAUAAAGGGAUGACAGAACACACCAAGAACCUCCUACGGGCCUUUUAUGAGCUGUCGCAGACGCACCGGGCCUUUGGGGACGUGUUCUCCGUGAUUGGGGUGCGGGAGCCCCAGCCAGCUGCGAGCGAGGCUUUCGUGAAGUUCGCCGACGCCCACCGCAGCAUUGAGAAGUUCGGCAUCCGGCUGCUGAAGACCAUCAAGCCGAUGCUGACGGACCUGAACACGUACCUCAACAAAGCCAUCCCAGACACUCGCCUCACCAUCAAGAAGUACCUGGACGUGAAGUUUGAGUACCUGUCGUACUGCUUGAAGGUGAAGGAGAUGGACGACGAGGAAUACAGCUGCAUUGCUCUAGGGGAGCCCCUGUACCGCGUGAGCACAGGCAACUACGAGUACCGCCUGAUCCUGCGCUGCCGCCAGGAGGCCCGCGCUCGCUUCUCCCAGAUGCGCAAGGACGUGCUGGAGAAGAUGGAGCUGCUGGACCAGAAACACGUCCAGGACAUCGUGUUCCAGCUGCAACGCUUUGUGUCCACCAUGUCCAAGUACUACAACGACUGCUACUCAGUGUUGCGUGACGCCGACGUCUUCCCCAUCGAGGUGGACCUGGCCCACACCACGCUGGCCUACGGCUUCAGCCAGGAUGAGUUCACUGACGGCGAGGAUGAGGGGGAGGAAGACGAGGAGGACACAGCAGCCGGGGAGCCGUCCAGGGAUGUGCGAGGGGCUGCCGGGCCCCUGGACAAGGGCGGAAGCUGGUGUGACUCCUGAGUGCCCCCUUGGGGUGCGGAUCUGGGGGGUAGGGCGAGUGGGAGGACGGCAGCAUGGGAGUGGGGGCAGGGCUGCCGCACAACAGGGUGGCGCAUAAAGGCCUGCUGGCUUGGGGCGCCUGCCUCCCUGCUCCUCUGUCCCAGCACAGCGAACCCCAGCACCUGCCCAGGAAAGGCACCGGGCCGUGGCCUGGGACCUGGACGCUGGCCCCUCCACCUUCCCUCCCCACCUCCCCGGCCAGCUGGAGAGCUUGGUCUCUGGACCUGCCAUAGGAAGGAGAAAGAGGGCAGAAAGGAAGAGGGGCUGGAGGUGGCGGGGAGUCCAGGAGCCGUUCCUUGUGGGCACCUCCACUGGCCCCCCGGAGACCUACCAGGAGGGGGCGCGGGUGGACUGCCGAGGUUGGGACCAGGGUUUCACGCGCACCCUCACCUUGCCCUAGGCUGGCCCCGCCCCAGUCCACACUCACCUCGGCGGCCUUGACUUGUUUUAUUCCCUCGCUUAGCCACUUCCCUGGGGAGGGGCUGGGCGCUGGGCCUGUACUGAAUAAACACAAACCCAGAUGGA